ACUCCGUAUAUUGAAGAAGCCAAGUAGCAGAAAACAAGAGAGAGAAAGGGUUGAAUUAAUUAAUAAAUGGCAUUAUCAUCAUCAUCAGCUGCCAUAGUUUAUGAGGAUUUUGAGCCCCAAGUUGUGUUUUCACAAGAGAAAGACGGUAGUGCCAUCUUAUAUGAGGUUCAUUUACCAGAUUUCUCAAGGGAAGAAAUAAAGGUCAUAGUAACAGUUCAAAGGAGAGUGAAGGCCCAAGGAGAAAGACACAGUCCUGUAAAGGGCGCAGAAAAUAAAUGGAUGAGGUUUUGUGUGGAGCGCCCCAUCCCACAAGGGUAUGACCAAGACAAGAUUAGUGCCAUGUUUAAGAGUGACAUUCUAACUAUAAAAAUUCCCAAAAUAAGAACAAUAGAUUAUGUUAAUGAUGAUGAUGAUGAUACUGACUAUGAUGAUGAUGAUGAUCACAAGCCUAAUAAUGUUAAAGAAUAUGAGGAAGGCAAAGAUAAUCAACUGAAAAAUGAUGCCAAAAGUGAAAAUGGUGACUUGAAAAAUGAUGCCAAAAGUGAAAUUGGUGACUUGAAAAAUGAUGCAAAAAGUAGUGAAGAAGAACAAAAUGGGGCAAAGAAUGGAGUGCCUAUUGCCAAGCAGGUGGAGAUGAAGAUGAGGAAGUUUGGGAAAAUGGUGUUGAAUACUUAUAAUGAUAAUUCUAAGGCUAAUUUGGGUAGUCUGUUUCUGGUUUUGGGUGUCAGCAUUGGCAUUGCACUCUAUGUUAAGAACAUAUAUAGUACAAGUAGCUUGUACAAGUAAGAUUAUUAAUAUUAAUUUGGAGUAGAUCACAAGAAGGUGAAUAUAUAAAGAGUGGAUUUCAACGCCUCGAAUUUGCCUUUUUAACGCCUUGAAUAAAAUAAUAUUCUAUCUCUUCACUUUGUUUUCUUCUCAUUUGCCUUUUUAACGCCUCGAAUUUGUGAUCAUAAUUUGUUGUGUUUUUUUCUCUAAUUUGCCAUCAAACUUUUUAUAUAUUGAUAAAAAAAAAAGUAAAAUGAGACGAACGAAAUGAAUAGAUCACAUUUAG